GUGAAUACGUCCUCGGCCUCCACUCCACUUCAUCUCCGGGUCAAAUAACUAGUGAAAGCAUGCUAAAGUGCCGAACUUAGUCAAAACUAUGAUCUUUAAAGGCAGAAGUAGAGCCGGGAAUGGCAAACUGAUUGCGUCAAUAAUUGGUACACUGUUCAUUUGCUACUUUUCAUUUAUGCUUGUUCUACAAAGAAAGGUAUUACCCAAAAAAAUCACGACAUUCGAAGGAAUUCCAUUACGUACAAAGAUCGAUUCACCGAAGUUGAGGUCAAUAAAAUCGAAAGUGUGUUAUCAACGGUACAACGCCACUGCCCCACAUAGCAAUGACUAUGAAAUUCAAUAUUUAGAAGACGUGAUGGACCGAAAACCGACUACAGGCGAAAAUAUAUUUUUCCAUGAAACUACGUGCUCCAGUUCCGGCCUGGUUCAUUUGAAUUCGAGACAGGCUUGUGCUAUCGAAUCGGCAGCAAGACUGAAUCCCGAUCGUCGUAUAUACGUUUUGUUCGCAUCACCGGUUGGUUUUCGAGACGUCUCGCAUAUACCGAAAACCAUUGAAGCGCUGAAAACGUAUCCGAAUGUCCAUCUGCGCAACAAUAAUUUAUGGAGAUAUGUGCAAGACACACCGUUAGAGGCAUGGUUAAGCGACGGUGCUUUAUUCGAAUCAAAGUACUUGCACGAGCACAUGUCCGAUGUUUUACGCUACGUGACACUGUACAAAUUCGGUGGAAUGUAUUUGGAUUUGGAUGUGGUGGUGCAACGGAAUUUCGAUGAUCUUGGUAAAAAUUUUGCUGGAGAUGAUUCGGAUAUUGCAAUUGGCUGUGGAGUGAUGCACUUCGAUACUGAUCAGCUGGGACGCGAGUUGUCGGAAGAGUGCCUUCGGUUUCUGCUAAACCAUUUCAACGGCGAAAUAUUUAUAGACAACGGUCCACUGGUGCUCACCGAAACACUGGAACGGUUGUGCGAAACGAGAGACCGUAAACUGAUGACACGUGAACAAUGCAAAGGAUUCCGCGUUUAUCCGAGAAGUGUAUUCUAUGCAGUUUCAUGGGAACGUUGGAAACUGUUCUUCGAUGUAUCGAUGACAAAUACAACACUGCAGUUGACAAAGAACUCGACGGUAAUUCAUGUUUGGAAUGACAUGAGCAAAAGGAUUAUCGUGAGAAUAGGUGCGCACACAGCGUACGAAGUGACAGCUAAAAUAAAUUGUCCACGCGUCUAUGAAACGAGGCUUAACUUUGAGUACUUCUGAACGCAGGCAUUAGAGAUGAAAAAUGUUUCAGGUAUGUGUACACAAAGGGUUUGGAUCUGGCAAAGUGUGUUGUCACACACCAUAUAUUUUAAGGUCAGGUAAAAC